UUUGUAAGAAAAUGUCUUUACCCGAUGAAGGUAUAACUUUUUUCUGGUUAUCGCCUUAAAAUGAGCAUGGGUUGUGCUCCGAGUUAUCCCAUCACAAGGAGCCCCAUCAUUUAUGAGCCAAACACUUAUUUUGAUACAACGGGAACAAGAAAAUCACACGACGAAAACGAACUAACAAAUACGGAGUUUCAAUCAAUUCAAGAGCAGUAUUGGAAAAAACUUCUCGAAGAACGAAGAAUGUCAGCUAUGAACAGAAAAAAAUUUGAAGAAAUGAGUGAAAAAGAUCUCAGAUCAUUGAUAGACGAAUUUCCAGAAUUUAAAGAAUCCGACAUAUCGGACUUACAAUUACAAUUUCAGACGUUUGAUUUGAAUCAAGAUGGAAUAAUUGACUUUGAAGAAUUAAUGCAGGUCCUUGAUGACCUGAGAGACAAGUCUGAACCUGCUGUACGGCAACAAUAUUUCAAUGAAAUUGAUAAAGAUGGAUCCGGUGCAAUUGAUUUUAAGGAGUUCUUAGCGCUCAUUUACCAGCUACGAAAUACCACAACAGAUUUUCUCGAGGCUAGCGAAUUGGGUCAGAUAGGAAGCUUGUGCAAACGUGGCACAGACAAUGUACAGCGGGUCAGAAAACUUUCUGUGGCUAAGCAAAUGCUCACAGGGCUGUUUUAGGGCAACUUCGUACCAACAGCGUGGACAUAUUAAAAGACGAAAGACAAUGUGAUGCAGUUACUUUGACGAUAGCUCAGAAUGAAUGAAAUUUACUCGUAAAUGGUUAAAAUUUCUAUGGUUUGUUUCAUUCUCCAUGAUUUUCAUAGCUGUGUUUGUAUUAGAAUACGCGAAUUGUAUAAAAAACCUUUUUUCGGAGCACCCAAAGGAGCUGCUCUCAGUAAUUUUUAAUAAAAACAUAUUCGGUAAACUACGCAGUACUUUUUCCAAAUCAAUUCACGAUUAACUCUUUCAAACUAUAGAACUGUGCCUGGGGAAGGUCUGUGCCGGCGUUCGAGUUGAGAUAAGACUUACAGAAAUGCUAGAACCCAAGUCAUUUCGCGAGUAUUUCCUUGUCCGCUAAACUCUAACCACUUGGGGAUAAGUCAUUCGAUCGGCCCAUUAGACCGUUUGAGAAUUUCCCAUAAACAUCGUGCAUGUGAAUUUCUAGUUUUCAUUAAAGCGGACGGACUCAACAGAUUUUGUAGAGAGAAAUUUAUGCAACUCAUUCUUGGAAACUCCUUUCAAAUGGAUACCUCGUUAUAAAGCAAGGGUUCCGAAAACACAGCUCCGUGUGUGUUUGGAGGGGAGGAGAGGGGGUGCAUAAAAGUAUUCAGGGUAGAUGGUUCCCCGGUCGGCGAGGGAGACAAACAAUAUCGUGCAUUAGUUUAUACUAAAACAGUGGAU